CCCGCUCGCCUCUUGCUGUCCCCCACCGGCCCCGCAGCCCCCGCGGAGGGCGGGGAGAUGCAGCCCCCGGGCCCCCAGCAGCCGCCGCUCUAUGCGCCCAGCAACGGGGAUUUCACCUUUGUCUCCUCAGCAGACGCCGAAGAUCUUAGUGGCUCCAUAACAACUCCAGAUGUUAAGCUAAAUCUUGGAGGAGAAUUCAUCAAAGAAUCUUCUGCAACUACAUUCCUAAGACAGAGGGGGUAUGGCUGGCUUCUGGAAGUGGAAGAUGAUGACCCAGAAGAUAACAAGCCACUCCUGGAAGAACUUGACAUCGAUCUGAAGGAUAUUUACUACAAAAUUCGAUGUGUGUUGAUGCCUAUGCCAUCUCUUGGGUUUAACAGGCAGGUAGUGAGAGACAAUCCAGACUUUUGGGGUCCUCUGGCAGUAGUCCUGUUCUUCUCAAUGAUUUCAUUAUAUGGACAAUUUAAGGUGGUUUCUUGGAUUAUAACUAUUUGGAUAUUUGGAUCCUUGACAAUUUUUUUACUGGCCAGGGUUCUUGGAGGAGAGGUUGCUUAUGGCCAAGUUCUUGGUGUGAUAGGAUACUCCCUACUUCCCCUCAUUGUCAUAGCACCUGUACUUUUGGUGGUUGGAUCAUUUGAAGUUGUUUCUACCCUAAUAAAAUUGUUUGGAGUCUUUUGGGCUGCAUACAGUGCUGCAUCAUUACUAGUUGGAGAAGAAUUCAAGACCAAGAAACCCCUUCUAAUUUAUCCAAUCUUUUUAUUAUACAUUUAUUUUCUGUCCUUGUACACUGGGGUGUGAUCUAGUACAAGAUGUGUCCAGGAACGGUAUUUUAUUCCCUUGCAGACUGAUAAUGCGUAAGAUUAAGGAGGCUGGAGAUAAUACAAGUGACUGUUUUGUAUCCAGUUGUCAAGAUGUUUUAAGAUCGAAGAGCAUAUUUGUGUAUAUUAUUUAAUGAAGCAAUUGUAGCUAUAUAGAUUUGUAUCAAAGUUCUAGGUUUGUUUAAGACUCUUCAGAUUUUAAUGAGCAAAAUAAAAGAACCUUGUGUUUUAUAAAGAACUGUAGCAAAACCAUAACUCGAUACCUGUGCCAAAAGCACUAGGACCAGAUUACUAUAUUUGAGG